AUGGCCGACGCCGAGCGAGACCCUCAAUUAAGCAGCGUCACAGCCCCCGCGGCGACAGCGGCAGCUGAGCAGCCCAAGCCUUUACCAAAGGGAAUGGUCUUGGGCCCAGAUGGCAAACCAUGUCGGUCUUGCUCGUCGAAGAGCGCUUUUUCGAGCUGGGCUUCUCAGAUGAACGGCUCAGUCAGAAAACCAACUCCGGUGGCCUCGACGCCUGUCGACGACUGCCCCCCGGAUGUCGAGGCCCUUGGACGAGGCACUUGGCAACUUCUACACUCGAUCGCAGCAACGUACCCCGAAAAGCCCUCCCCUAGCCAGAAAGACGACCUUCGAGGUUUCAUGAGACUGUUUUCCAAACUUUACCCUUGCUGGGUGUGCGCCGAAGAUUUCCAAUCGUACAUACAAAAAGAACGGAUUCGAGUGGAGGGGCGGAGCGAGUUUGGAAACUGGCUGUGCGAGGCGCACAACGAGGUCAAUCGGAAGCUGGGCAAAAAGGAGUUUGACUGCAGCAAAUGGGAAGAGCGAUGGCGGACGGGUUGGAAAGACGGCCGUUGCGAUUGA